AUGACGCAGCCAACGUACGACUACGUGCUGUUCAGCCCGGCGCUGAUCAGCUUUGUGGGCUACCUGUUUAUGCAUUGCAAAACUAUCGUACUAGUAUAAAUUGCAUUACAAAUUUUCUCAAGAACAAAAAUGCAAUUUGUCAUGCUGUUUCAGAUAGAAAGUUGAAUUUGUGUUGCAUAUCUGCAAUUAGUACGAGUGCGAUACUUUUGCACAGGAUACUGUUGCUGCUGAUCGCCAAUUUCCUCGCAAUUUUCUGGGUUCGCGCGAAACAGGAAAAGGCAGUGAAGGAGAUGAAAAUAAACCAGAAAAACAAGGUUGACCAUGACCACCUCCACGACGACGAGCUCGGAAAGCCUGGCGGGGGUAGGAUCUUCGCAUCGGGAGAGGACGAAGAUGGCGACGGUGUCGCAGCUGCUGCUGACAAGAACAGCACGACGACGUCGUCCUCCGACGGGACGACGAGUAUUGAACAUUCUCCGACCGCUCCGUCGAUCCAGUUUUACGGACGUACGAAAUGCUGGUACGGGCAAACGGUCCUAUCCUAAGUAAAAACGUCCCCACACCAGAUUUGUAAUGCAGAUUUGCAAAGACAGGAAGACUUGUAAUGCGCACUCCCAUGAGAUCCAUUUCCAGUCGUGUUUUGGAAUUUGUGAUGCUGUGAACAGGAUAAGGAGACAAAUCUGUGCUGCGGCUGCACUUGCUAACCUGCACUACACUGCAGAGUGCAACUUGUCAUGCGUGACUCACAAAACUCCUAGGCUUGUGUUGCAAAAUCCCCACUCUGACUCUGGUGCGGGUACGUUUUUACUCAGGAUAGCUCCUCUACUUUCUCUACGGGUUUUACGCGUACUCGCAGGUGCUGAUGCUGUGUCUCUGCUACAGUAUCAUGAACGCCCGCGAGCUGUCGACCUUCCUGGACUUUAUGGCGCAAUUCCCGGCCGGGAACCCGAACUUGCAGGGUUUGUCGAACGGGUUUUUGGGGAUGAAUCUUUGUGUGGACCACAGUGAGUACCCGAACACCGGGGACAACCUCCCCAACACGGUGAAUUUCUACCCGCUCGAGCCGACCACCUGCGAGGGCGAAUUGUUGUCCGACAGUGCGGUCUACUACCGUCACAUCGAGGUCAUGAACUACUACUGGGUCCUCACGCUCGCAUCGUUGCUCUUCUGGCUGUAUUACGGCAAAAUGAUGAGGAACCUGCUCCUGUGGAAACCCUGUGCUUUGGAACAGUGUAAAUCGGUGCUUGUGUGGGACAAGAAGACCACGACGACGACCGGGCAGCAGCGAGACAAUGUUGAAAAUUAUGCGACGAUGAAAAACAAGAAAAAGAAAAAGCCGGUCGCUGAUUUUUUCAAUUUCUACGAGCAAACGAAGAUCGUCAAGGUGCACGUUGCGACGCCGGAGUUUGGAGGUGUCGUUUCUGCCCCUGCCGGCAGUCGUGCCGCGGCUGCUUCUGCGUCGCCGGCGGAGGUUGUAGGGACGACCUCGACAUCAAGUGCGACAACUGUGGGUCACGAUUUUUUGGAAGAACAAGUCGGAAAUAACCAAAAGCAAGACAAUUAUUCCGGCACAGUGUACUACAUUACGCACGACUCGACUCGAUUUGUGUACGACCACGAGAAGAAAAACUUCGUCGACCCGCAGGACUAUGGAACUGACAUGUUUUGGGUGCGCGACUUGUACAAGGAGGAGACAGCGUUGAGGCAGUUUGAAGGAGCUGGUAUAUUGCUUGAAGUGAUUGUGAUAUUACCCAUAGCCAUAACCGUAUGCAUAUCAUGCCGAUGCUAUCAAUCAAAUGCUGUAUUUCAUCCUUCUCCUUUUGUUUUUUUUUACUUCCGAUGACUCAUCGGAUGAUGAGAAAGAGCGACUCAUCGGCGAUGAGUCACUCUUUCUCAUCAUCUGGUCGUAUUGGUUUCUAUGCUCGUUGCAGCUCCUUAACCUUGUUGAUUUCUAACUAAUCAAAAAACCCUAUUAGGUUUCACUUUCCACACCACCCCCGCCACGACUUCCCUGAAGCAAAAGGUGUUCGGGAAAAACGUCCUAGCCGCGAUCGAAGACAGGAAGUCCUGGGGCCAGCAUUUUUCGAAGAAUUUGCUCACCCUCCCCAUGGUCAUCACGCUGCUCGGGAACUACUACGUCUUCCUGAAUUUGAUUCUCCCCGCGAUGUUUUUCCAGAUCGUGAUCGCCUUUUACUUCGCGAUUUCCUCGGCUUGUACCGACUUCAAGGAGCAGGAACAGAUCUACCAGCUUCUCGGACACAGCAUGGACGGGCAGUUUGUGACGAUGAAACGGGCCUUUUAUGCUGCUGGUACUUCUAAAAAUGAAAGCAGGAAGAACUUCUACGACCACGAGCAGCAGGUCGAGGUGACAGACCUCCUCCCCGGGGACGUCUUCGUCCUGCCGGAUAAGAACAAGGAGAACAAGCCCUUCACGAUCCCGGUCGAUUGCGUACUCCUCACCGGGUCCUGUUCCGUCAACGAAGCCUCCCUGACCGGCGAGGCCGUCGCGAUCCAGAAGUUUUCCGUCGAGGAGGCCGUGCUGGAGAACGUGACGGAAAAGCAGUCUGGUGUGAAUUUGAUCACGGAAAAAGCGAAGAAAAAGUACAUGCUGUUCUCCGGGGUGUCCGUGCUGGAGUGCGGGCAGGCGAAGGAAAACCUCUGCUUGGUGCUGAAAACCGGGGCCGCCACGAAGAAGGGGGAGCUGAUCAAGAUGCUAAACAGCGAAGCGAGCGGCAAUUCCAGCGAAAAAGUGUUCAACAUCGAGAACGACAGCGGCAACUUGAUGCUGUUGCUCUUCGUUUAUGGAUUGCAAAAGUAUCGCAGCACUCGUAUAAAUGCAUUACAAAUUUCCUCAGCAUGAGAAACAAAAUUCUUGACAAAAAGAUUUGUAAUGCGUGGCUGCAAUACGAGUACAAUACUUUUGCACAGGAUAUCGUGAUCACCUUUGUCGGCAUCACGCCCUACAUGCUGCAGCUCAUCCUGCAGGGGACCUUUGUGCAGCAGCGGGCGAUUGUGAUUUUCCGGAUCAUCAGUAAUUUCGUGACGUUGCUCUCCCCCAUCUUGUUGUCCGCCAUGCAGGAGGCCAGUCGCGUGGGGUGCAUAUGGAUUGUAAAAAUGUCUGGGUCUGGAAGGUUGGAACUUGUAAUGCUAGCUUUCCAUAGCUAGAAAAUCUGUAUUGCAUAACCAACAAAAGUCGCAGCCUCUUUUGUCAUGCUGACACGCAGUUUCUCAUGCGGAUUGCCUAUGAGAGAGCGUUUUGGGAAGUUGUCAUGCCGGACUCAAUUCGGAAGUGUUUUCAUCAUGCACAUUUUAGCAUCACAAGUUUCCAGACCCAGACACUUUUGCAUUUGAUAGCGCAAGGCCCUGAACCAGAGGCUGGUGAACGCGCGAAAUCUAUCCUGAGUGAAAACGUCCCCACCCCAUAGUUGUCAUGCAGAUCUGCAUGCUCAGAGUGUGUGUCAUGCGGCUCUCCAUGAGAGGCAUUACCUAGUGGCGUUUGGGAAUCUGUCAUGCGGUAAUCAGGAUGACAGACUGGAUCUGUGAUGCGUUCGAACUAGCUAGGCACGACUACACUGCGUCGCCAAGCUUGUGAUGCGUGAGUCCCAAAAAUGCUCGAUUUGUCUUGCCAAAGUCCCAACUUGACUAUGGGGUGGGGACGUUUUUACACAGGAUAAAAUCCGAAAAACUUGCCCGUCGCCGGGGCGUUGACCGUGCAGUGUUUUGACAAGACGGGGACCAUUACGAAAGACGGGCUCGAGUUGGAGGAGUGUGAGCUGAAAAUGCUGAUCAAAAACGACGAGAACCUUCUGGAAGAGGACAACAAAAACGCCACUUAUGCGGAGAAGAUGGAUCAGCAAGCCGCGCAGGGAGUAGUUGUGGAUACCACUAACACGACGACCACCAAUCUGCUGGUGGGGCAAGAACACGAUCAGCAGCAGGAGCUUCUCCACAAGACAUCAAAUGCUGACCCGACUAUGCUGCUACACACCGCGCUGUCCACCUGUCACACCGUUUCGAAACUCCAGGAUGGGACGUUGGUGGGGAACCAGGUGGAGCUGGAGAUGUUGAAGAUGGCGAUGGAGAAGAUUCCCGGGCUGUCUUUCUCCAAGACGGAAGACUUGACCGACGGAAGCGGCAGCUGCACGGACUACUACUGCCACGACGAGGAGUCCUCGUUUGGAGGUCAAGAACAUCAUCUUCCCACUGCUCAUCCUGUUCACAAGCAGCGCCGCUUCUGCCGCACGGUGCGCCAGUUCGAAUUUGACCAGCACGCGCAGUUACAGUCGUGUCUGGUGGAGAUGGAGGGGGACAAAAAUCACAGUACCAAUACCAAGAAGAACUAUGCCGUCGACCAGCAUGACAUCAAGCAGAAGCCAACAAUUCUCUUCGUGAAAGGUUCUGUGAAGCGCAUUGUCGCAAAGUGCAGGCCGGAAUCCGUCCCCGCCGGUUUUGAGCAGUCGGCGGAACAAUUGGCCAUGGAAGGAUUCUACCUAGUCGCGAUGGCGAUGAAAACUGAUUUAGUUGCUCACAAGGACGAUAAAGAAGAUCAACAACAGCCGUCAGUACUAGACCUCUACCAGGUUCCCCGCGAACAUUUAGAGCAGAACCUCACGCUCCUCGGGUUACUGAAGUUCCGCAACGAAAUCAAGCCGGAUUCGCGCCACGUAAUCGAGACGUUGAAAAACGCCGACAUCGCCACCCAGAUUAUCACGGGCGACAAUGUUUGGGCGGGGGUGCAUAUCGGGCGGGAGAGCGGGAUCAUCGCCGCAGAGAAGGACUUGGUGCUGGUCUUGGAUCUCGAACACCACCACUGGCACCACAGCCCAGGAGGUGGUGCUGGCGGUGGUGCAGUGCAGCAAGAAUUGUUGCAUCAGAGCUGUACUUCUAAUCAUCUUCUGAAGCUGCACCUGAUCAAGCCGGAAGUUGCUACGACGUGCAGCAAUAACAAAUCGGAAGGUCUUGAAGAACUUCCACUGGAAGACGAAAUGAACGAAGUUGAAGACCUGUUUCAAGACGGUAACAAGCACUGGAGCUACUACGAACACGGCGACGAUUUGAGUGAUAAAGGUGAUGAAGCCGCGCUGCUCUCUUCGAAACUCACCCUUUUGUCCGAUUAUAAUGGAUGUGGUCCUCAUGUUGAUCGUGGGGAUGAGCUCCAUUAUCACUGGAAAACUUUACCGGAACAGGAGCAAGCGGAGGCGCUUUUCAAGGAGUUUUUGAAGCAAAAGACGACUUUUCUACUCGCGCAGAACAAGGACAAAAGUGCUAAGAGCGCUGUCGUGGACGAGAAGAAGAAGCAGAUCGUGACGGCGUUCGAACUGAAGAGCGGCACUGUUGUGAAAUUUGUCGUGACGUUUGACGCGUUCAAGAAACUUCUGGAGGUUUCGGAGCAGAACAUGGACGAAAAUGCCGAGAAUGGGAGCAGCAACGGUGAUAAAAACGCUAACGCAGGAGCAGAAGAUUAUGCCGACAUGAUCAACCACAGUAGCGCCGCUGAGCGCGAUCCCGAGGAUCCCGAGGCUGCGCCGAUGAGCAAGAGCGUGGAUUUCUGGGCCAUGUUCGUCAAGGCGCAGAUGAAGAACUGCAACAGUAAAGAUUUUUUUUCCAAGUCUAAUAACGCGGCUGGCAAAAAAGGCACAACUACCGUCAAACAGCAAGAGAAGGAGCUGCAGCAAAGUUUCUCCCUGCUCUCCCUCCUGUAUCCGAAUAUCGCGGUCCUCGGAUCGAUGACGCCGGUCGGGAAAGUGCAGGCGGUCGAGUACUGGCAAAAGGAAAACCUGUUCGGGAAGCAGGUCAUCGGCAUGUGCGGAGACGGGGGGAAUGACUCUGGCGCGGUGAACGCGGCGGAUAUGGGCUUGGUUUUGGGGAACGACGACGCGGAAGAAUUGUUCGCGCCUUGGAGUCCACGUGCAGAAGUUGCUGGAUCUAGUAGUUCGAAAAACUUCUUACACGAAGGUGCUGGCCGCUGUGAGAAAGACGACAAGAACACAUCUCCCGUUCAAAAGAUCAAGACCAGGAGCGUGUUUCAUGCCCCAACUGAAGAAAUGGACGAGGAUGAAGUUUUCGACUACCACGUGAACGUGGACGAAGUCGAUGUGCACCACUUGAGCCAGGGCACGCACCACGUGAAGGACCAGGACUUCCACGUGCACGAAUCAUUUAUUCCGAACACUUUGCAACUUGGCUCGCAAGAAAUAUUAACCACGACGUCAUCGCACCAAAAGAGAAGUGGAGGACAUCAAGCGAACUACCUGAAGAUGCGCCGCACCACAGUCUCGAUGUAUGAAGAGGAGGAUCUGAGCAGCGAAAGUUCCGUUGACAGCUCGCCGGAAGAUGAUGUUGGAACAAAUCUUACGGAAAAUAAGAAGAGAGCAAAGUCAGUGAAGAAGAAUUCGAAGCAGCAGAACAAAUUGUCGAAAAAGAAGGACAAGAACGCGGUGAAGAUGUCUGCUUCGGAGAUCUGCCUGCUCUCGCCCUUCUCCGCCCAAACGUCCAGUCUUCGUUCGCUCCUGUAUUUGAUCGAGUCCGGCCGCAUGGUGAUGAUGAACAGCUUCGGCACGGUGAAGCUCUUCCUGGCGUACGGCAUCGCCCGCGCGUUCCAGAGCUUCGAGUUGGAGUCAGUGUUGUCUUCUCGUGGCGAGGCGCAGCAGAUGCUGGACACCUUUUAUCGCAAGAAAAAACUGUUUCGCUGUAAACUUGUGAUGCAUAGAACCAAACGCAAAUGUGUUUGUCUUGCUACACAUGCAAGACAUUGGAUUUUUAGCUGUGUUAUCCCUUAGGAAGCACGCAUGCCAAGUUUUCUUUGUCAUGUGUAACAAACUUAUGAUGCAAAUCUUGCAAAAUCUAUCAUCACAGUGAAACAGUUUUUUCGUGGGACACCUUUGUCGUCAUGUUCAUUCUCUCCCAGGCGGCCAUUAGGAACAAGGUGCCGACAGUGUUUGCUGGUGCGGGCGAAUACCGCUCGUUCAUCUUGAAGAAAAUGGGCUACUACAAUAAUUUUGGUGGAGUUAGUGUCAAGUCAAACGGCGCAAAACAUCAAGGAGCCUUGACGCCUAGCACGACCGACAAGUCCGUCGUGGUCCUCAGUAAGAAGCAGCCGGAAACGAAGAUCUUCGCGCUCUCCGUGUGGGUGGACAUCGUUUUCGCGCAGGUCACCUUCAUCGUCUUCCUCUUCCUGUUCGCGUUUCAGGCUCCGAAGCUGUUCAAUUGGACCGAACAGACGGCGGAUCUGAUCCCGGCCGCGCAGCAAGAAGCGCUCACCACCGAAGAGCGCGUUUAUCUCGCCGACUGGCUGAAAUUCCCGUUGUUGCAGACAGCCUACGACUGGUGGAAAAUUCCCGGCACCUACAUGGAACUGGACCAGCUGAACCCCUUCGCGUUCGGCCUGGCCGCCACGGGGGACACGAUGGUCCAGUCGACCGACCUGGCGGGGAACUUUUACAACGUGGUCUUCUACAUGCUGCUGUUCGGCUGCACGGUCGCCUACAGUCUGGCGGGCCAGUUCCGCGCGCCGGUGUGGAAGAAUGUGAGUCUGCACCUGUUUUUCUUCUUGUUCCUCCUCCCCUUCAUGUUUCUCCUGGGGUUGUUCUGGUCGCAGACGGUGGUCGGGUCCAUCUUUCGCGUGAACAUCGACAACCGCUGGGCGAACGUGCACACCCCCUACUUCCACGACGUCCUGGGGUAUCUGAACGUCAGGUUCCAGCAGUUUCCGGAAACGGACGAGAUGCUGGGGGCGAAGAUCUGGUUUGCCGAGCAGGACUGGAACGAGGUCGGGGUGUUGGUCGAAGCGGAGAAGAAGAAGACGACGGAAGGACAAGGAGCUCCACUAACCCCAGAGCAAACCGAUUUCUACGCAAAGCUCGAGUCUCGCUUGCAAAGCGUGCAAUCCGUGCAAGACGCGAUUCCCGCUUUCUGGAAUACGGCGGCGAUCCAAAAAGACUAUGACGAAGUGUUUGGCGGCAGUGGCGCGGGGAACAAUUAUGCUCCUUCCCCUGCACCGCAAGCUGACGCGGAUCAACAACCUGAGAACUACCUCUACAAUCUGAAAUUCGAUUUCACGAAGGCGUUUGCUUGGGACGACGCGAAACUGGCGCAAUUGAAGCAGGUGUGGGCUCCGGGGCAGCUGUUAAGCGCUGAUAGUUCCCGCUACGACAUGGACUUCGGUCUAUCAAACCCGUUCAUUCGUGAUCUGAUUUUCUCCUUUCCCCCACUCGGAGGUGGAGGCGCCCCCGCGCCGGCGUCCGGAGGUUCCUCUGAUGAUGUCGAUGCCAGCAAGAAGGCGGUUUUGAUCGGUUUGUACGGCGCGCUGGCGGUGCUGCCGAACGCUGCGGAACAGGAGUUGGUCUUGCCGUUGACGCAACACAGCACGUUUUCCAAGCACGUUUCGAUAGCGGGGAAGAAACUGAUGCUGGAAAAGCAAUUCGCGGAUAAAUGGCAAAUCGCUUUGUCCGUCCUGCCCUUGCAACUCGACCGCAGUAGUAGUGCGUCUGGGUCCUCGACGUCCUCGGUUGAUGUAUAUCAGCCGAAGGUGUACCAGGUCGGCGUGAAGGUCGAUUUCGCGUGGACUGGUGCGGCGGCCUCUGGACCUGCCACUUCGGCUGUUGAGUCUCAACAAACAUCCGCCGCAGAGGUGAAGUACAUGUGUCAGGAGCUGUGCCUCGCGUCGCUGCAACUCCAAGACGGGGGGGACGAUGGACCCUUUGGGAGGUUCAUGUGCUGGCACGUCGCGAUGGAAUACAUUAGCUACACGGGGGGUGCAAAUGCGCCAGAAAAUAACCCCUCCUGCGUCCUGUUUCCGCGUUUAGACAUGGACACGAAGGUCGCCCUGGGUCCGGAAUUUGCCGCGUACAAGCGCGACCAGAUCCAGCGCAGGAGGAGUCUGAGCGAGGAAGAGGUAGAGCAGUACGCCAAUUCGGUGGCGGUCGGGAUCGUGAAGCCGCCCAGUACUGGUGCAGCUCCUGCAGGAAAUGUGCACCUCCCGCCGGACGACGGGAUGAACAAGAAAUAUCGCCUGUUCUACACCAACCGCAGCAGCGUUCUCGGGUGGCAACCGCGCUCGGGUUUGGAGGUGGACCGCCACAACCCGGGGGUGAGUCGCGACAUCGGCUACGCGGUGUGGUUCAGCGUCUUGAUGGGCGUAUUAGUCGGACUCUUGUGCGUCGGCAGGUGGGUUAAAGACGCGUGGUGGAAGUGAUAAUCAUAUAUGUUGAUGAGUGAACAAAUGGACGCAGUGGAGGUACUAUCGAUGGAUGAAAUAACUAAUCCUUUGUCGCGUUCUUACGAUUUGCUAAGGAUGACCCUUAUCAAGAAGUCUCCAGCAAGAAGAACUCCGGCGUGACUAAGGCCAACAAAGAUGCUACAGUACGUUCCACCUUUCUGUCAAAAGAACAUCUUCUGAUCCCUCGAUUUACAACGUGGUUUGGGAUGGCCUUUUCUUUUCCAAUAUCCUUCGCAGGCAUACGAGAAUAAACGGAAGCACAAGUAGGAAGAAGUAAAAGAAGAGUGUAUACAAUUACGCGCAGCUUGUGCGGACCGCCAACACGUCACCUGCUAUUUGAAGGAAGAACAACUGAUGUGAUACAACAACUGAAGUGAAAGACGCGUAGGUCCUCCUGAACCACCAGCCUGUUUUGAUGUCCUGAUUCGUUAGCACAUACGGACGGCAGAGGCAUGUGCUCAUCGUCAUCUCGAUGAAACGUCAUAGUGAGACAAUCGCUUUACUGGUUGACAGCCUCUGGUGAGAAGCUCGAGAGUAGUUGUGUUGCUGUUGCAACUGGUGAUAGUGUUACACUUGCCUUUAGCAGGUUGUUUUUUUUGCAGCCGCCCAAGAAUCGUAGAAUCUGCUUCGUGAUGACAAAGCAGUAGGUCGAGAUGCAACAACUCUGGAAACAAAUGAAACUUGACCAACGCUCGAAAAGCACUGCUUCUCUUCAAAGCCUUCCGAGAAAAAAAACAGUUGUAAGACUACGG